AUGGAUUUAAAUUUCGAGGAACUAUGCUAUUCAUGCCGAACAGGUGAUAUGGAUAAUGUGGACCGACUGAUUUCCACCGGUGUGAAUGUAAAUAGUGUGGAUAAAUUUGAUAACUCGCCACUUUUCCUAGCUAGUCUUUGUGGCCACGAGGGAGUCGUCAAACUUCUACUGCAAAGAGGAGCCGUUUGUGAUAGAGAUAGAUAUGAAGGAGCCCGUUGUAUAUACGGGGCAUUGAAUGACUCUAUCAGAGAUACCCUUUUGAGUUAUGAUAUUUCCAAGGCCGUAGAUGUUAAGCAACCCUUCGCUACUCAUAUUUCGUCCAUAUAUAAUGAUGAAAGCUUUCUUAACAAAGAUAUUUCAUUUACACUUGCAAAUGAUCAGCAAUUCACAGCACACAAGUUCUUAUUAUGCGCGAGGAGCAAGGUUUUGGCAGAAAAACUAGCAAAUGAAUGGGCAGAAAACAAUGUCCUUCUCACUGAAGUCCGCCCAGAUAUAUUUGAUAUCUUUCUCAAAUUUCUUUACUUGAUUCCUAUCCUGCAUGUAAUCCAGCCAGAGCAAUACGACCAGCUUAUAAAAUUAUCAAGUGAAUUCAAUGUGGAACUCUUGCCAGAUUUUUUAGACAAAGCUAAGCAUAUUUCUAAUCCUAUGGAAAAGUCUAGGCUGAUGUCAGAAUAUCAAUAUAAAUUCACAGAGGUUGUAAGAAAACAACUUUUACAAUUUGUGAACCAUUGUAUUUUCAACUCUGCCAUUGACGUUGUUGAUGAUAGGCAACAAACUACUUCCUUGAGAGACUGUCCGGCAUAUCCGGAUAUCCAACUAUCAGUAAGAAAUCGAAGCGGCAAUUUACGAAUAUACCCUUGCCAUUUAGCCGUUUUGAACCGUGCAGAAUAUUUUAAGAGAAUGUUCACGAACAACUUUAAGGAGAAGGUUACAUAUGUAAAGGCCAAGCAUAUUUCAGGAAAACACAACAACGUCAUUCCGCAACUUACACUUCCUGACUGUGAAUUUGAGGUUGCUGAGAUAAUUAUUCGCUAUUUAUACGCUGAUAGCACGAACAUUCCAUGGACGUAUGCCGUUGAUGUUUUGUUACUUGCAGAUAUACUUUUAGAAGACCGUCUAAAAACUAUUGCUUCAACAAUUAUCACACAAUCAAAAGAUUUUAUUCAGCAGCACAAUGCUCUCGAUGUGCUCUAUCUAUCAUGGGAGACAAGAGUGGAGCGACUGGAAUUAUUUGCUGCUAAAUUUAUAGCUAUCCAUUUGCAAGAGUUAUCUAACGACCCGGAGCUUAAAAGGGCGAUUGUCUUAAGUUCAGAACGAAUCUCGCUCCGCCAGGAAACCGACACUAUUGAGUUGGUGGAUGACAUCAGAUACUAUUUACUCCGAAAAUAUUCCUUCGAUCCGGAUGAUGUGGAGCUAUUUGAGACCCAGGAUGAUUUAGAGUACUUGAAACAAGUUGGAUACCUUGAAUAUAGAAGAGAUAUGGAAACUUUGGACAACAUCUUGACCGAACUAGGGCUCGAAGUGUAA